AUGACCGACAACGUGGACGACUUUUUUAACCGAAAGGAAAAAAAGAGAACGAAGAAGACGAAAAAGACGAAAGUCGUCACCGCAGAGGAUAUAUUUAAGGGUGAAGAGUUGGGACGCGACGAGAAAUCUAAAAACUCUAACGCGCAUAAUGAAGAGAAAGAGGAUGAGUGGAUUGAGGCCGCCGGGGAGCAGGAGUUCGUCUUUGACUCUGUCGGUGGGAUGAAACGACUCGAGCUGGAAGAAAGACAGCCUAGCGAGGAGGGGCCACAGUCAGAAGGAGAAGGGGAGAGAUCGGACGAUGAAAACGCCGAGAGCGGCUGGAAAACUACUGGAAACGAAGUGCAGUCGAACAACGUUGGACUCCCCGGAGACAACAAGGACAACGCGGAUGAAGAAGCAGACUCGAAUGAGGAAAAAGCGAGUCCGGCUGAAUCUAGCGCCAACCAGCCGAAGAAAUACGUUCCUCCCUCGCAAAGACAAGCCGCUCCUGUCAGCCGUGGACCACCCGCCUCUGGCUUCCCCGGUCGGAGGAACAGAGAUAUCAACGUUGAUUCCGUGGCUGAGUUCCCUACUCUUGGUGCUUCUGUAGAAACGACGCCCGAAGGUUUCGAACAAGUGAACAUGAGAAAAGGCGGCGCCGCCUGGUCGAGUGGCGGAGGAUCUCAGAACUCCUCAACGGGAAUCCAAAACCGUUUCCAACUUUUCCAAAACUAA